UGUACCCGUACCUGUGCCAAUUUUCAAAUUCGUACGGUACGAUACUACCCCGUACUACCAGAACAAUAAAUUUUUUUUGAAAAUGCCUGUCAACUUGUGUGCACGUCGUAAAAUUUUGCGUUGGCGCCGGUGACAUUGAUCUGCACAAAGAUCGACCGAGAGGGGAGCCACAGGGGAAGUUGGAGGAGCUAAAAGGAAAGAAGAACAGAGGAGAUCGCGCAAGGAUGAUUGGGCAAUCAAGACGUCGCAUCUUCAACGGGCGUGCCGUUCCUGGUCAAAAUUUCUUUCACGGGACGAUGGGUGAAAACACGACGAGUCUGAGGCGGCGAACAAAAAUCGACAACGGGAACCUUUGGAUCAAGAUAGUGCCUGUGCUCUGCGCCGUGUGUGUGGUUCGAAACGUAACGUUGUUUCACUGGCGCAGCGACGAUCUGCCCAAGAAAUUCGAAAAUCGAAAUCUCGACUUGGAUUCUCCGAGGUUGCAUUCGAUGACGAGAGAAGAGUAUUUGUUGAACCAGACGAAAUGGAAGCGAAGAAUGAGAACAAGGCCACGGUCAAAAAAAGAGGUAGCAUCGCGCUAUUCUUUUUUCCCGUAUAAUCUGUUUGAGGUGGAUGGCAUCACCCCCAUGGACUUGACGUAUCCUUUCUUUCCAGCUACGAACCAGGUAAUUGGAGACGACAUUUGUGGAAGCGAAAACGAAAGAGAGAAUGGCUACAAUUCUAGGGAUCGCAUCAUAAUAACUGGGAUAUUUUCUCAUCCGGUGGCUGCCGAGCUGGCCCUUACUCUGGCAGAAAGAUGCGGCGUGCGCCACAUACUCGGAAUGUCAGAUCACCUGCUUGAUGCCGAGGAAUCUUCCCGGCUCGACUUCCUAAUGCGACACAUACCCAGCUUACAGCUCAGGGUCAGAAGGGGAUCCCUCGGGGAUCGGGCCACGGAGGAUCUUUUCAGGGACUACUCGCCGUCGCACAUCUUCUACUUUCAAUCGGACUCUUUCAAAACACCCGAUGAAGACGACAACGACAACGAGGCAACUGAUUUCAAAACCCACUCCGGAACGAACCAGUUGCAACAAAUCUGCAACGCAAUGGUCAAAUUACAAUGCUCGAAUACCACCGACGCCAACGGGGUCAAAACGAAUCUGCUGUACGUGACUUCGACCGUUUCCGAAAUGAACGACCUCGACAACGGCAAUAGAUUGUCGGUGGCAACUAUAUCUACUUUCAAUCAAAUUACCCUUGAUGCCUAUCGAAUGCAGUACCAACUCAACGUCAGGCAACUUGCUCUACCAAAUAUUUUCGGACCCUUCAAAGAGGGCGCGGCUUGGUUACUUUCCGAAAAAUCUAUUCAGCGGGCGCGCAACGAAGAAAACCUGCGCAAAACGCAAUGGUAUCCUUAUUCGAGUUCAAAUCCAAAUCCAAUGAUGAGUCAACCAACAAUCUCCAUCAUAGAUGCCGUUCAAUCUAUCUUAGUGUCCGGAAGGCUGGUGCACGUCCAUGGUGAAAAGUCGGUGCCUAUUUUAGAGGCAGCGAGAUCUCAGACGGCAACAUUUGUGGAACUUUCCAAAGCUUUGGUGCCCUUGUUAUCAACCAAAUCUAUUCAGACGGAUAAAAAAAAUAGCGUAAUUGAAGCUCUUCUUCCGAUACUUUCAUGGAACUACAAAAGAUACAAACCACACCAGGACCCUUCUAAUUUUGAUGUUUCUCCCGUAGAAAACGACAAGAUAGCGACUCUUGGAUUGAUCAACACACGACAAAACCUUCUAAUGGACAACACGAUGGAUUCUGCCGCAGUUUCACAAUUGGAACGCCGUCAGCACGACAUAUUUCCGUGCAUUGCGACUUGCACAAGUUACGUUACAUGUAAAAAGUCUGCUUGGGAUACCAAAGUAAACGUCACAAAACAAGCUACCAAAGGUUGCACUUUUCUAUUGUAUACGGCUGACUUCUCCUCAGCUCUAGAAUCGCUCCCUGAAAUGAGAGAAUCUGUGAACGAUGCGCCAUGGCCGAGGGAUUCUUUUUGUCAAGUGGCCUUUGUGUCAUCUAGAAGUACCAUCGUCAAUAAUGCUCUCGCAGAGAAUGAUAGAAGUACUAUCGUUAAGAAUGAUCUUGAAGAUGAUGAUGAAAGUAAGAUCUCCUCGAGGGAAAGUAUAGAUGAAUGGAACGGCAAAGUCUCGAACAAUGGCUGGAAGUUGAUUUGGAUCGACGCGGACGAAGAGUCCAUAUCUCAGAUGGAUUCCAUCAUGCCAAAAAUUGUCCCUGAAACACUUCUGGAUCAAAGCGUUCAAUUUGUAUUUUACGUGGAGCCACAGCAUUUUGAAAUCCUCCCACCUCUACAACUAAUGUGGUUUCUAAUGGGUCGACAACUCACUGCUGCUGCUAGAACCAAAAAACGUGAUUCGGGAACCAACGAAGAGUGGUUGAUCCCCGAGCAACACAUCGCGAUUUUUACUCACACUUACAGGAAUAGCGACAUCGAACACCUUGAUCAGAAAAAGGCAGAUUACAUGGCAAAAGCUGCUCAGUUUAUUUUGGAUCAAAGUGGCAAGACCAACCUAUCGAAAGGAGAGGAUCAGGUACCUCUCAAAAACAGACGACAAGUGCAGGCCUAUGCAAAGUCAUUACUCUGGCGCAGUGAAGAAGAUGUGAAGUUUGAAUUGAUCGAUACGCCCUUAUUGAUUUACCCCAUACAUAAUCGCCUCGGUCGACAACUUCGUUGCGAAUGGUACGAGGAACACUUGUUUUGGAGUACUGAUGACAAUAUCAACUUGGAGGGCUUGAGCUUAUCUUACGUGCUGUACCGAUGGCAUCGGCAAAAGAGGUUAUUACCAAACACCGAUGACGACAAAUGGGGUGACAUGAUAAUGCUUGGAGAAGAUGGGAAAUCAUUAUCACCGUCAUCCGUGAAAUUCCGGACUUUAGUCGACAAGGUGGAAGACAGACAAGAGAUUCUGCCAGAGUCUCUGCCCCAGCAUUUCGUAAAAUUGCACAGUCCCUUAACAGCGAGGAAGACGUAUAAAUAAUACACAUCAAAAAUGACUUGCGUGAAAAGGAAUGCGAUUCAACACUGUUUGGACAUCUACAAGAUUCAUGCGAAGAAUGGUGGAAGAAAUGUGAUUUUAAUUUUUUUAUGUAAAAUAAUCAAAAUCAUGAUAUUCCUCCAAAGUGGUUGCUGUGUACCAGAAUUUCGCCUCCCGAAAUAUGAAUUCCUCCUUAGUCAAAAUCUAUCUUUUAUGCCUAGCUUCCACGACGUUUUUUCCCCAUAAGAGUAAAGUUCUUGUAAACUCUUCUCCCAUAUACCCUCUUUUUUCCACUUCAAUGCCUUGCAGUAUAAUUCAUAUGCUGUCCUGGCGUCCUCAACAGAGUCGUGUGUGUCUUGUUGCAUAUCCCGCCCGAAGACAAAGUUGGCAAGAAAGCGAAGAGAAACGUACCGCCUACCAGGUAUAUGAAAAAUUUUCACAGUAUCCAGUAUCUGAUUUGGUGGUACAACCAAAUUAACUGUGCUGAAAUCCUGCUUCAAACCGUGGCCCACAAAUAUGCAGGAUUGAUCUAAAAGGUAUCGUAACUGCAGGUAUGCGCUUCGAGUCGAAAUAAUGCGAUGCUUGCUGCGGGCCACAUCUAGGUCCUCUUCUACAAUACCACUGAAUCGAGUCAAAAAAUCUACAACAGGCUCUCGAGGCAAGACAUGGUCAUCCACAAUAGUCUCUUCUCUGGGACAGUCAAAGAUUGAUAUUCGUCCAAGCGCGUGACGAGUGUCACAUAAAACCUCCUUCUGCCCUGUAUCAGUUACUGCAGAUUCUUCUUCCUGGACCGAAACAAACUCUGCAUCAAAAGCUAAUGGACGUCCUUUCUGUAGCCUCUGCAAGCACCUAUCCGUGAGAAUAUCACCAGAAUUCUUAGACAGAGACGAAGGAUUCAUUACGGACGCAGAGACGGACUUGGCGACCUGCUGUGAUUCAGAAUUCUCUUCAUUUGUAUUUCGAAGUGGCAUUCCGUUUUCAUCUACGGCAUGAAAUACGACAAGAACAGGCUCCUUGAAGGGAACAUGAAAUGCCCUCGCAUCUUCUACAACUGUUUUAGAAACUUUGUAGCCGUUGUAGAUUAUCCAGUCAUUUGACAAUGAACCGUUCACUUCUUCAUCGAGAGAUGUCAGUUGCUCUUCGACUGAUUCGGCACGACAAACAUAAUCCUCUGCUGUAAUUCCGGACGAUAAAAGUAGUUCUUGCAAUUCAAUUUCUUCCGGAGAAUUGAGAGCAGACACUUCCUCUGCUAACUUCCUAGCCUCUUUCGCUUGACUCUUUAAGACCCUACGUUUGUAGUCGGCAGACACGCGUGAAUGAAGAACGUGGUGGCCUGAUGCCUCGUCAUCGCCGCUGUCCUCUUCAUAACUCCUAACAUACGAUAGCACUGAUUGGAGGCGAUAGCGGAAUCUCUGCUUUGAAGAUGCUUUUAAUACAAGCUUUCCUACUUCAGGUGGAAGAGAAGACUUUCCUCGGAAAGUCGACGAUGUAAUUCCGUCUCCACUUUCUGUUUUGUGCCACUCAGUCACCGCAACGUUGCCAUCAGCAAGCAGCUCCACUUCAAUUGUCUCGGCCAACCACGGUUCACCCCCGUUAUUCAUCCUCCAAGCCCAUAAUCCAUCUUGUUCCUUUCUGCCAGCACAUGCGCAUGACAAUGUUAAUAUUUGA